AUGGCUUCCAUCCUAGCGCCCUGCGCCGCGUUCCUUGCUAUCCGUGGGAGCCCGACGAAGGGAACGUCCUCGUUUGGAAAGCGUCGGAAUAAGACGCACACGUUGUGCCGCCGCUGUGGCUCUAAGGCCUACCACCUUCAGAAGUCGACCUGUGGUAAAUGUGGCUACCCUGCCAAGCGGAAGAGGAAGUAUAACUGGAGUGCUAAAGCUAAAAGACGGAAUACCACCGGGACUGGUCGAAUGAGGCACCUAAAAAUUGUAUACCGCAGAUUCAGGCAUGGAUUCCGUGAAGGAACAACACCUAAACCCAAGAGGGCAGCUGUUGCAGCAUCGAGUUCAUCUUAAGGAUUUCAAUUAUUAGUCAUGCAAUAAAUGGUCUGGUUUUGAAAAAA